UGUUUGGCUUUUAGCGAAGAAGAAGAAGAAGGCAGGGAGGUCCAGAUUCCAAACAGAUUCCCGUUGGAGAAUCGGAAAUAUUCCAGAUUUUUAGUUUUUAAUCAAUCAAAUCUUGGAAUAACCGUUUCUUGUUAACGCGAUGGGCACCAGAGACGACGAAUACGACUAUCUGUUCAAAGUGGUCCUCAUCGGAGACUCCGGUGUAGGGAAGAGUAAUCUACUGUCACGCUUUACCCGGAACGAGUUCAACCUGGAGAGUAAGAGCACCAUCGGGGUGGAGUUCGCCACACGCAGCAUCCAGGUGGAUGGCAAGACGGUGAAGGCCCAGAUCUGGGACACUGCUGGCCAGGAGCGCUACCGUGCCAUCACGUCAGCAUAUUAUCGUGGAGCCGUCGGAGCUCUGCUGGUCUACGACAUCGCCAAACACCUAACCUACGAGAACGUGGAGCGCUGGCUGAAGGAGCUGAGGGACCAUGCCGACAGCAACAUUGUCAUCAUGCUGGUGGGAAACAAAAGCGACCUGCGCCACCUGCGGGCCGUUCCCACUGAUGAGGCCCGGGCGUUCGCCGAGAAGAACGGUUUAUCUUUCUUGGAGACGUCGGCUCUUGACUCCACCAACGUUGAGACGGCCUUCCAGACCAUCCUGACAGAGAUUUAUCGGAUCGUCUCCCAGAAGCAGAUGUCGGAGCGCCAGGAAAGCGACAUGUCGCCCAGCAACAACGUGGUUAACAUCCAGGUGCAGCCCACUGAGAACAAACCAAAGAUGCAGUGCUGUCAGAACAUCUAGCCCAGCCGUGGAUCUGCUGCUACUCCCCACCCUCCUCCUCCCCCAUCCCCUCUUUUGACCCCCCUCUUCCACCCCUCCCGAACAGACUGCCUCGGCGUAGGAAGAUCGAGCCGCAGAUUCAAUCCUGCGACCUGAACUCUUCCUGCCUCCCCCAUCCUGCCUCCCCUCCUCUCCCUCAGUAAAUAUGAGACAAAAUGUGGGGUCCCCCCUUCCCAAGCAGAGCCCGUCUUUAGGCUCCUGCAGGACAGCAGACAUUUCAUAUCACGUUAGAUUUCAUUACUGUAGAUGCGCUGACAUGCCACUGAAAUGUCUUAAAUAUGAAUGUGAUUCUUUUUCUUCCUGCUCUGUGCUCCUGAUGAUUUCUUUUUCUUUUAAUGACCCGUCUCCUUCCUUCUCAUAUACAUUAUCAUUGUAAAGCACAUCUAUCUGAGCUUUUCUUCUCAUUUUAGCUCCUCCCCCUCCUCUUUAGUGCAAUGUACUGUUUGGAAGCUGCAGAAACGUCUCACCGUUCGAUCUGAUAUGUAUGCGAACCGGUUCUGUUGUUGUGAGCGGGUCGGUUUCUAGGUGAUGCUGAGAAGACACGUCGGGCUUUCCUGCACCAACUUUCAGUAAAACACACAUUAAUUCGUCACAUUUCUGACUAUGCAGAAACUAUCACGUGGCUGUUGGGAUUCCCUGUUUGAGCACUUCUAAAGCAAAUUGAAGGAUUGAAACGCUAAUAUUCCUGUAUGACAUUCCUAUGAUACUCUGUAAUAUUAGACUGAAACGCGCAGCUAAUUCUGCAUUGCAUGAAACCACAGAUCUGUUGUAGGACCACUGAGGAGGAGAGAGAUGCCUCACAGGGUUGGACUUCAUGAGCACGCCUCAUCUGAACCUUGCACUGGAUAUUAACCUAACCUGCUUUCCUAGUUUAGUUUGAUUGUUUUCUGCACUUAAAGAAUUAGAACCACAACAUGAAGCUGAGGAACGUUCCUCAUCUGGAAAACAAAAAGCAAUCUGAGGUGGGUUGAUGGAGCUACAUUGUCCCGGCGCCUCUGUUGGCUCCACCUCUCAUUUACCCGCCAAUAGCUCCUUGCGUCCCCGUCACAUAAAGCCUACGUACACCGAGCUGCCUCUGACUGACACGAUGCAUGGCUUUCUGUCGUACCGCCUUACAUAGCCAACAUUCUCAUUACUCCUGCUGGAAGCAUGACGGUUUUAGUGGGCAGCGUGAGGCGCUGAUGGAGUCCGGUCCGGUUUGUUACAAGCUCAAAUCCUUAAAUGUGUGUGUUGCUUGUAGUUUGAACUCGGAGUGUGUGUGUGUUUAGUGGUAGAGGGCAGCUCUGGAAUGUGUGAGCCUCUCUGGAUGAACGGAUUCCUUAUCUCAGAGUUCUGAUCCUGAUCGUGUACCACCAUGGUUCUGUGUUUUUGUUUUUUAAACCUGUGUUAUUUCUUUUUUUUACUAUAUUGAAUUCUGUAACUGUCAUUACAGUGAAAACACAAGAAUGAAGUGAUGUCAUUUCAACGAACUCGGAGGGUAAAAUGAAUGGUUUUAUGUUUUGUACAGACCAAUGAAUUGUACAAUUGUGUCUAUAUCUUAAGUUAUCGGUUUAUCUUAAUAAAGCGCACCAGUCAUAAACCUU